AUGAGGAUCUUGGUUGGGUCGUUGGUAUUGCGUAUUGCACAGCAACACGAUGCAGGCGCCAGCGGUCCAAUCAACGACGGCUUCAAGAACGAUGCAAAGUUUGCAGCAAACCAUAGCCAAGCAGUAUGUUAUGCCAUCCCGCUCGUAGCAUACAGCUUCCUCGGAAUCGAAAUUGUCGCCGUUACAGCUUUCGAGGCCCGCUAUUCCACUUCGCUCAAAUGGCCGUCGAGGGUUAUCGCUUAUGCUGUGUUCCUCCUCUAUUUCUUGUGCACGAUUGGCGAGACUUUGACAGUGCAAUGGAGGGAUGAUCAUCUCCCAACGAUAUACGGAGGAGGCAAGAACAGUAAUGGAACUGCUCUUUCGCCACCAAGUUCCACGAGUCUGGUCGUGAACGCGGCUUGGGAGGCUGGUCAUCACGCCCUGGCCGGAUUCCUCAAUGGAUGCCUCAUCUUCAGUGCUCUAUCGGCAUCCAAUACGUCGUUGUAUGUGUCUUCGAGGACACUUUAUGGUCUGGCUCGAGAGAUUCCUGACACGAAUUGGGUGGGGAAAAGGUUGAACAAGUUGAGUCUUGUUGUUCGACAGACUGGUGUCCCUGCUGCAGCGCUAUUGUUCUCUGCUAUUUCGUUCUUUUGGUUGCCAUUUUUGCAACUCAAAGCUGGAUAUGCUAUUCAGGAUUUGAUCGAGAUCAUGUCUGUUUCUGCAAGUGUAUCUUGCCUUGUCGUGUGGGCUGCACUAUGCUUGUCAUUUAUCCGAUAUGACCGAUGGCAGAGUAUUUGUGACGCUGGUUUGAAAGCCGAGCCACAAUACGAGAGCUGGAGAAGGAAAUCUCCAGACUAUAAGUCCUACACUUUCCUCGCUUUCGCCCAACCAUAUAUCGCAUGGUUAGGCUUGAUAGGGUGCCUUCUCGUUUUUGGUUUCGCGAGCGCGACGUGGUGGCAUACUUCGCCUGAUCUAACCAAAGUGGCUGUUGCAUACGCUGCUCAUGUUAUAUUCCUUCUUCUUUUUGUGGUGUUCAAAAUUGUUAAUAGGCGGUGGUGGGUGAAAUUGGAUACUGAUGUGACUGUUUUGAUUGCGGCACUAGACAGGUUGAGGUGGUUGAAACAAGAUCAGCUGCCAACGGAUCAUGAUAUAUAA